UAUGUAGAGUGUGUCGGUCAGAAGGAACACCCGAGAAACCUCUUUAUCACCCUUGUGUAUGUACUGGCAGUAUUAAGUUCAUCCAUCAAGAAUGCUUAGUUCAGUGGCUGAAACACAGUCGAAAAGAAUACUGUGAAUUAUGCAAGCACAGAUUUGCUUUCACACCAAUUUAUUCUCCAGAUAUGCCUUCACGGCUUCCAAUCCAAGACAUAUUUGCUGGACUGGUUACAAGUAUUGGCACUGCAAUACGAUAUUGGUUUCAUUAUACACUUGUGGCCUUCGCAUGGUUGGGAGUUGUUCCUCUUACAGCAUGCCGCAUCUACAAGUGCUUGUUUACUGGCUCCGUGAGCUCACUACUGACACUGCCACUGGACAUGCUGUCCACGGACAAUUUAUUGGCGGAUUGUUUGCAGGGUUGCUUUGUGGUGACAUGCACACUGUGCGCGUUCAUCAGCCUGGUGUGGUUGCGUGAGCAGAUUGUCCACGGGGGAGCGCCGGUGUGGUUGGAGCACGCGGCUCCACCCUUCAAUGCUGCUGGGCACCCCCAGAAUGAGGCUCCAGCAGGAGGAAAUGGUGCUGAAAAUGUUGCCCCUGACCAGCCCGCUGACGCAGCAGCCGAGCAUGCCGUGGUGGGGGAGAACCCAGAUGCCCAGGACGGGCCGGCCGAGGAGGAGGAGGAGGAGAAUGAGGAAGAAGACGAGGCCGGCGGGGAGGACGCGGCCGACGCCAACAACGGGGCCCAGGACGACAUGAACUGGAACGCAUUAGAAUGGGACCGAGCUGCAGAAGAGCUGACGUGGGAGAGAAUGCUAGGACUUGAUGGAUCACUAGUUUUUCUAGAACAUGUCUUCUGGGUGGUGUCUUUAAACACACUGUUCAUUCUUGUUUUUGCAUUUUGUCCUUACCACAUUGGUCAUUUCUCCCUUGUUGGUUUGGGAUUUGAAGAACAUGUCCAAGCAUCUCAUUUUGAAGGCCUAAUCACAACUAUAGUUGGGUAUAUUCUUUUAGCAAUAACAUUGAUAAUUUGUCAUGGCUUGGCCACUCUUGUUAAAUUUCAUAGGUCUCGCCGCUUGCUUGGAGUCUGCUAUAUUGUUGUUAAGGUCUCUUUGCUAGUAGUGGUGGAAAUCGGAGUGUUCCCUCUCAUUUGUGGCUGGUGGCUGGAUAUCUGUUCCCUGGAAAUGUUUGACGCCACUCUGAAGGAUCGAGAGCUGAGCUUCCAGUCGGCGCCAGGCACGACCAUGUUCCUGCACUGGCUCGUGGGCAUGGUUUAUGUCUUCUACUUCGCCUCCUUCAUUCUGCUGCUGAGAGAGGUACUUCGACCCGGUGUCUUAUGGUUUCUAAGGAAUUUGAAUGACCCAGAUUUUAACCCAGUACAAGAAAUGAUCCAUUUGCCCAUCUAUAGGCAUCUCCGAAGAUUUAUUUUGUCUGUGAUUGUCUUUGGCUCCAUUGUCCUCCUGAUGCUUUGGCUCCCUAUUCGUAUAAUUAAGAGCCUGCUGCCUAAUUUUCUUCCAUACAAUGUCAUGCUCUACAGUGACGCUCCAGUGAGUGAGCUGUCCCUUGAGCUGCUUCUGCUUCAGGUCGUCUUGCCAGCGUUGCUCGAACAGGGACACACGCGGCAGUGGCUGAAGGGGCUUGUGCGGGCAUGGACUGUGACUGCUGGAUACUUGCUGGACCUUCAUUCCUAUUUAUUGGGAGACCAGGAAGAAAACGAGAACAGUGCAAACCAACAAGUUAACAAUAACCAGCACGCUCGGAAUAACAACGCUAUUCCCGUGGUCGGGGAAGGCCUGCAUGCAGCCCACCAAGCCAUACUUCAGCAGGGAGGACCUGUCGGCUUUCAGCCCUACCGCCGGCCUUUAAAUUUCCCACUCAGGAUAUUUCUGUUGAUUGUCUUCAUGUGUAUUACCUUACUGAUUGCCAGCCUCAUCUGCCUUACUCUACCAGUAUUUGCCGGCCGCUGGUUAAUGUCAUUUUGGACCGGGACUGCCAAAAUCCACGAGCUCUACACUGCUGCCUGUGGUCUCUAUGUUUGCUGGCUGACCAUAAGGGCAGUGACGGUGCUGGUGGCCUGGAUGCCUCAGGGACGCAGGGUGAUCUUCCAGAAGGUUAAAGAGUGGUCCCUCAUGAUAAUGAAGACUUUGAUAGUAGCGGUGCUGCUGGCGGGAGUCGUCCCACUGCUCCUGGGGCUCCUGUUUGAGCUGGUUAUUGUUGCUCCCCUGAGGGUCCCCUUGGAUCAGACUCCUCUUUUUUACCCAUGGCAGGACUGGGCACUUGGGGUCCUGCAUGCCAAAAUCAUUGCAGCUAUAACAUUGAUGGGGCCUCAGUGGUGGCUGAAAACUGUGAUCGAGCAGGUUUAUGCAAAUGGCAUCCGGAACAUCGACCUUCACUAUAUCAUUCGUAAACUGGCAGCGCCUGUGAUCUCUGUGCUCCUGCUCUCCCUGUGUGUACCUUACGUCAUCGCGUCCGGCGUGGCUCCUCUACUAGGUGUGACUGCGGAAAUGCAAAACCUGGUUCACCGACGGAUUUACCCGUUCUUAUUGAUGGUCGUGGUGUUGAUGGGGGUCUUGUCCUUCCAGGUCCGCCAGUUCAAGCGUCUCUAUGAGCAUAUUAAAAACGACAAGUACCUUGUGGGCCAGCGCCUUGUGAACUAUGAACGGAAAUCGGGCAAACAAGGCACAUCUGCACCACCUCCACAGUCGUCCCAAGAAUAAAGUGCUUGUCUCAGCCACCUGACCUGCCCCCUGCCUCUCCGUGUCCUUUUUGGUGGACUUCUCUCUUUGGAGAUUUACCCAGUGAUCUCUCAGCAUUGUUUUUAAGUUAAAUGUAUUUGACUUGUGUUCUCAGCAUUCGGAGAGCAGCCUUUUGAGGCUCUGCUGCCCGUCCCGCACCUUCUGACAUCACUGCUGUCUGAGGUCUGUACAUGUGUAAAUAGGAGCUCCUGGAUACCCCCAAACCUUGGAUUAAACAGAAUGUGCAUUGUACAUCUUUAAACAAAUGUAUAUUAAUUUAUUAAAUCUAGUUGUCACUUUAUUUUGGACCUGCUGUGACCUUGACAGGAAACGUGCCACAGAGCCACAGUGCAGAGACAAGACUUCCAAUGACGUUUUUGGGAGCACAGCAUCAUGUGUUCCUAGCAGUUCUUACUAAGUAAACUGUACGUUCUCUCUGUCUUGGCUGUUGAGCCCUUACCAAGAACGGAAAAGGAGACAAAUAGAAAUCAGCAGUGGAGUGUCUGUGGUAAGAAAACAUGAACUUCGGGCUUCAUGUCAGUCGUUUCUGGAAGUUGUUUUGUAUAACACCAAAGCUGUUGUACAUUUUCUACUGCCUGAUUUUUUCUCAUGUGUCUGUGUUUGUAAUACUGUAUAGUAUCUUGUGCUAGGUGAGGAAAUUAUUUUUAAUUUUGAUAAUUUAAUAUUCCUAGUGAUCAGCAUUGGGAGUUGGGUGUUGUGCUUGUUGGGGGCAUGCCUAUAUUUAGAGGGAAAAUGUCCGAAAGGUUUUCAUCAGUCCCCUACCUCCCUCUUUCCUGCACACAGCUAUCUUUUUCACUUUUUGGCGGCAGUGGGCAAAAGUCAUGCGAGAUCAUAAAUCUUAUCAGAAUAAUGGCACCAAUGACACUGCAUCUUACUGGAAUUAGGACAUACUGAGCUAUUCGCUAAAUGUAGGUGUGGUUUGUGGUCUUAGAUUGACAGCAUUAGAAAAGUCUGGUCAGAACCACUAAUCCUGCUGGUUAGUGCCUCAUUGGGUGAGGAUGAGGGAGUGCGUUCCUUCUAGGUUUCCAUGAGCAUAUCCCAAAGUUUCCAAAGCUUUUUGUUUACAGAAUAAAACUACAAAUAAAACCAACUUGAUUCAUUCAUCCAGAAGGAACCUGGCUGAGCUGGCCUUUUACGUAAGAGUGCAGAUGUGUUUCCCUGGAAACACCCUGUAACAUCUCAGAGCACUGAACACUUACAGACUUGGUUUCCUCUUAGAACCAAAGCUUCAAGUUCGAACUUGAGAGAACUGGAACGGGUGGACACACAAUCCAAGUAUCUGUGGCAACAGUGUAUUGUAAGAGUAGUGUGUGUGUGUGUGUGUGUGUGUGUGUGUGUGUGUGUGUGAAUGACAACUAAAGGUUCUCAGAGAAGGUGGACAGCAUGGGUCUUCAGAAACCAGGUGAGAAUUUCCACACAGUAUUAAAACCCAUAAACUCAAACCUGGAGAUUUUUUAAAUAUGAAAGUCAGCCAAACAUAAGCUUCUGAAAUGAAAAGCAACAUGUUCUGGUUGUUUUAUAGUUCAAUGAUUUUUCCCAAAGUGGUGAUUACUUACUUUAAAAUACGUUUUAAAAUAUCAGUAUCAGAAAAGAAAGCUUGAUGUAGGAUUCAGUGUUACAUGUUUUGGCACUUUGUAGUACGCCUUUCUCUGGCAUUGAAAUAAGGUUUUUGCAAGCCCUGCCUUCACUUAGAAAUUCAGUCCCACUGUAAAAAAUUAAGAGUAUUUUAAAAUGUAACUCCACCUGUCAUGGUAUAUGUCUGUGUAAAUUCUCUUUGGGAGAAAUAUACUAUGAAAUUGGGCAUAUAACUUGACUAUAUUAAUUUAGAUUUUUUUAAAAAACUUUUCAGGGAAUUUAUAGAUCUUAUAUAAAGUCAUUGGAACACAUUUAUCUGUUUUACCAGAAAGACAGAGGCAGAUAAUGCAAAAGGCUAAAAAUUGAUAUUCUACAAAAUUUUAAAUGAAUCUUAUCAGAUAUUUUGUAAAAAAAACAAAAACAAAAAAUCCAUCCAUACAUACGUAUGUAUGUAUAUGAAUGGCCAAAAUGUUGCCCUCCGUUUCACUUGCAGAUUAUCUUGUCUUACUUAAUGAUUUCCCCUAGUUUUCCAGUUGUGCUUUAUCCUCUUGUUUUCAAAAAGAUGAAUACUUACAUAAAGCAUCUGCUGGCAUACUAUUUACUUGGGUAGCAUCAAGAUUUUAUUAUUAACUAAUGGUCUUAUAAAUAUUUAAAAGCUCUAGUUCAGAAAGUGUUAGUAUUGCUGCCCUUCAUGUAGAAUUUUUUUUUUAAAUAAUAGUGUUGUUUUGCUUCAUUUUACAUUUGGCUAAAACUGUCUUCAAGGAAGUUAAUUAGGAAAGAAGACCUUUUUGUUUUAUUUUUACUAUUUAUAAAUUGAAGACAAAUCAACAUUUAGGGUUAGUUUAACAUGACCAGUUACCAAAUGAUCAUAGUAUGAGGCGUGCAGUUGUUCAUUAUUAGCAAAUUAUGUUUGAUUUUUUAACUAUUAAGUACUAAUAGUUGAGAUGAAAACUGAAGAAAAAUGCCAAUGUGAAGUUUGUGUAUCGCUAGCUUUAAAAAAGCUCUGUGUUUUUAGGUUAUCUUCCCUGUUAGUUCCUGGAGAAACAGUGGGGAUUGGACAUCUCAAUUCCAGAUGUAAACAAAAAGUAAUUUUUAUUUCAACAUUUAAUAUAACUUAUUACUGUGCAUUCUUGUCUUGUGUUUUUUCUUCCCCUUAUUCAAGUAAUAGAGAAUAACUUUUUCUCAAAUGAUUUGAUCUUAGAUAUGUCAUUUCUGUAUUUGCAAAAUGCUGUUAUUAAAAGUGUAAUUCUUAAAAUGUA